ACUUGAAUGAUGGCAAUCUAAGAAUACCGACAUACACGGCGUAAUGCUCGAUGGAUUGUUUUCGCGUCCUCAUACGAGCACGAUUCUCGAGACAAUCGUGCGAGGUUACAGUUACGCUCGACGAUGAUUCAACUAGCCGGUUUGUUUUACGGUUCGCGACGCGCCAUCCUGCUUGAAAUUCAGUAAUCGUUUUCCGAAUGUUUUCAUCGUUAGCAACUUAAAUUUUACCACGGGGAUAAGCGAAAUAACAUCGGCGAUAUAUAAUAAUGGCAGCCCAUAAGACAGGCGGACAGAGUACACGUAAGAAGAUACAGGUAUCCAUGGUCAUAAGGGAUGAAGUAGAAAGAAGGCACAGAGCUGGCGUUAAUUCUUUACAAUAUGAUCCAAUUUUACAUAGACUUUAUUCUGCUGGCAGAGAUAGCAUUAUAAGAAUAUGGAAUUGUAAGAACAUAAAUGAACCUUAUAUACAGUCUAUGGAACAUCAUACAGAUUGGGUCAAUGAUAUUGUCUUAUGUUGUAGCGGAAAAACUCUUAUAUCUGCUAGCUCUGAUACCACUGUCAAGGUUUGGAAUGCUCAUAAAGGAUUUUGCAUGUCAACAUUAAGGACUCAUAGGGAUUAUGUAAAAGCAUUGGCAUAUGCUAAAGACAGAGAAUUAGUAGCUAGUGCAGGCUUAGACAAAACAAUCUACCUCUGGGAUGUAAAUACGCUCACAGCUCUCACUGCGAGUAAUAAUACAGUGACGACAUCAACUUUGUCUGGCAGCAAGGAUUCGAUAUAUAGCCUUGCUAUGAAUGUUACCGGAACAGCUAUAGUAAGUGGAAGUACAGAAAAAGUUCUUAGAGUAUGGGAUCCAAGGUGUUGUACAAAACUUAUGAAACUGCGUGGACAUACAGACAAUAUUAAAGCUUUAGUGCUAAAUAGAGAUGGCACAAAAUGUUUAUCAGCAAGUUCAGAUGGCACAAUUAAAUUAUGGUCACUCGGAGAACAAAGAUGUUUACAAACUUAUAGAGUACAUAACGAAGGUGUCUGGGCAUUAUUGGCUACAGAUACUUUUAGUCAUGUAAUAUCAGGUGGUAGAGAUAAGAGAGUUGUAAUGACUGAAUUAAGCCAUCCUGAGAAAUCUAUUGUUAUAUGCGAAGAAAAAGAACCCAUACUCAAAAUGGCUAUGACACCUGAUCAAUCUAGUAUUUGGGUUGCAACUAGUGAAUCUACCAUUAAUAAUUGGUCUAUAAGCCAAAGAGAUUGGCAAGAUAUUGGAGAUUAUUGUGAUUCUACUGGAGGAAUGGCAGGAAAUGUUGGUGUACCAUUAAAUACCGAACCGAGCCAGAGGAUAUUAGGAGCUCCUGCAAUACGACAUUGUCAUAUCUUAAAUGAUAGGAGAUACGUUCUAACAAAAGAUACAGAUGAAAAUGUAGCAUUAUAUGACGUAUUAAAAGCCUGUAAAGUCGAAGAUUUAGGUCAUGUAGAUUUUGAACAGGAAAUAAAAAAGAGAAAUAAAAUGGUUUAUGUUCCAAAUUGGUUUAAUGUUGAUCUCAAGACUGGGAUGUUGAGCAUCCAUUUAGGACAAGAUGAAAAUGAUUGUUUUUCUGCAUGGGUUUCUGCUAAAGAAGCUGGUCUAACAGAUAAUAAGGGUCAAGAUCAAAAAGUAAAUUAUGGAAGUCUACUUUUACAAGCACUCCUUGAACACUGGUGGCGACCAAUGAAUGCAGAUGAUGAUAAUGAGGGAAAUGGUAAUGAUGGAAAUGGUUCAACGCAUGACAAUGGUAGAAAUUUGUAUUUUUCUGUACCUGGUCAUACACCUGUAAUUUUCAGUGAAGUUGGUGGUAGAACAAUGUGUAGGUUACUAGUUCGAGAUGCUGCAGGUGAAACAGAAAGUGUAUUAUUGAAUGAUACAGUACCAUUAUGGGUAUCUAAUAUCGUAGCAAAUAAAAAUCUUCCACAAUUCAUCAAAAUACCUUUUUAUUUAACUCCACAUGCAAGUUCUGGAGUGAAAAGUCUGAAAAAGGAUCGUUUAAUUGCAAAUGAUUUUAUACAAAUUCGAAAAGUGGCAGAACAUAUUUUUGAUAAAGCACUUUGUGCAGGGAGUGAUUCUGGUUUAGUAACUGGCGUUGGUAAUUCCGUAUCUGGUGGUUCUCCAGCAGGAGAUAGAGCAAAUACAGAUUCUAAUGCAGAUUCCUCUUCAUUAGCUGAGGAAAAAGUUGAAAUUUUAUGUAAUGAUCAAGUUUUAGAUCCAUCUAUGGACUUAAGGACUGUUAGACAUUUCAUUUGGAAAAGUUCAGCAGAUUUAACACUUCAUUAUCGUCCUGUCAAAUAGUUAAUGCUGAAUACAUCAAAUUAUGGAUCCCUGAAGUGUGCCUGGUUUUGUACUGUGGUUAAAAUAAUGGAAAAUACAUGGGCUACUUGUAGAGUGCAAAAUCACAUACCAUCUUCACUUUAUGAAAUAUUUAGCCUGUUUUCAAUGGAUGCUUCAUAAAGCAAUGAAAACAGAGGCACCUAUGGAGUACAUAAGAUUGAAUAAGUUUAUAGGCAAUAACACGUGGAAGUAUUAACAGAAAUUGUUGAUUUUAUAUAUAUAUAUAUAUGUAUAUGUAUAUGUAUAUGUAUAUAUAUAUAUAAUUGGUCUAUAUUCUGUGGCUGAACUUAUUCUUGUGAACAGGAAAUGUAAAAUUUGGUUGCAAAUCAUUUGCUUUUGAAAUAGUAUGCUUUUUGUACCUGGAUAUAUUUAUUAGAGAGUAAAAUGCUUGUCAGAGUCAGCCAGUUAGUGUCUUCCCAUUUGAAGUGUAUCACUAUAAAAUAAUAGCAAAAGCACAGUGGAGAUCAAGUGCAUGGCCCAGGAAAUCACUGCUUACUAUUGUUCCCUGAUAAUGAUUUUAAUACUAAAUAAAUUUAGUAUCACUUUUUAGUAAAAUUUAAUAUAAUCGUUAAUAAAUAUAAGAGAAGAGUAAUAUUUUAUUUGAAAAACCUUUAGUAAAAUUUUUAGGUAUUUAUUAAAGGUAUACAGAAAAAAACAGAAAGAAAGAAAGAAAAAAAAAAAAAUAAGAAAAGAAAAAAAAUUACAAGAGCAUGACAAUUGUACUCCACACCUGCCUUCAUAUCUUACGAAAUGAUUAACAUAGUAAGAAAAAAAAAGGAAAUGUCAAUUUACCUUUAAUCAAAUUAUAUUUGAACAGCCAAAUCAUACCAGUUCAAUAUUUCCUAUGUGUAAUAUGGGAAGUGAACGAAUUUAUCUGUCUUCAAGAUUUCAAGAUCAAACUCUGUCUUAUAUGGGACUUCCAGUUUUAAUUAAAUUAUUAAUAAUAAUCAUCUGGCUCUCCUAAAGUGUAUACAUAAUAUCAUCUGUAUUACAUACAUGUUUGUUAAUUAAGGGAUACAAAUGUUACAACAGAAUUUGAUCUUGUGGGGACUACUGUAACUAUUAAAAUAUAUAUAUAUCUAUAUAUAUAUAUAUAUAUAGAUAUAAACGUUAAGGUACUACAAUAUAAACGAACUUCUCUUCACGAAAAAAAAGAUUUUGCACGUAUAACAAGGAUUGUGCUAUUAUAAUCGAAUUGGUUACUUAAUAUAAAAAUAUAGCCAAGUGUAUAUAAAAUUGGAAAGAUGGGAGUAACUUCAUUAUGGUAGAGUAUAAUUUUAUGCUGCUACUAAAUUAUCACUUGAAUAGCAAGAAAUGCAGUUUAAUAGCGGAAUAAUUUUUUUUCGUGUAGAGUCGAUAAAGCAAAUUAGAGAAAUAACUAUCGCGCGC